AUGGGUUAUGCAACAACAUUUUUACGCUCACAGCUUUUCACCAAGCUGCCGUACCCAAACUCAAGCUUCGCUGGUCAGACCGUCAUCAUAACUGGAAGCAAUACUGGUCUCGGCCUCGAAGCUGCCCGACACAUUGCUCGUCUGGGGGCUGUCAGGGUCAUUCUUGCAUGCCGUACAAUCUCGAAGGGUCAAGCCGCAGCAGCAGACAUCGCCAGUUCCGAACACCUCAAAUGCGAUCGCAUCGAAGUGUGGGAGUUGAAUCUUUCGAGUUAUGAAUCUGUCAAAGCCUUCGGUCAACGUGUACAGCAACUUGAUCGUCUUGAUGCUUUCAUCCAGAAUGCCGGCAUCUUGACCACCCAAUAUCGACUUGAGGAGGACGAAGAAAGUACUGUCACUAUCAACGUGACCAGCGCAACCCUUCUCGGUCUGUCAGUCCUUCCCAAGCUUCGAGAAAGUGCNCAAAAGUAUGGCGUCCGCGGCAGAUUGUCAUUCGUGGGAUCUGACCUUCAAUACAUUGCCAAAUUCAAGGAGGCCGAAACGACAGGCUCACUGUACGCAGCUUUGAACAACAAGGAGGGAGUGGACAUGGACGACAGAUACAAAGUGUCCAAGCUUCUGCUGCUCUACACAGUUCGCGAAAUAGCUGCUCGCAGUCCAAUCAACGAAGAAUCCAAUGUCAUCAUCGAUUACCUGACCCCUGGAGCAUGCAAGUCCGACAUCUUCCGAGAUGAUGCCUCAUGUAAGAAACAUCACUGGGGGGCGAAGACAGCAGUAUUAAUUCUCACUUCCACUAGGNNGAUUCAAAAGUUGAUCAUGAAUCUCAUGAUCUCUAUCAUCGCCCGCGCAACCGAGCAAGGAAGUCGUACGCUUGUUCACGCCGCCAGUCCUGACAUCAGCACCAAAGCCCAUGGCGCAUUCUUGAUGGAUUGUCAAGUCUUCCCCAACGGUGACAAUAUCGAUAGCGAGAAGGGACGCAAGAUGCAGAAGAAAUUUACCGAAGAGCUUUUCGCGAAACUCGAGACGAUUCAACCAGGCAUCACAUCCUGCCUCUGA